CGCUGUCUGAUUACUCAAACCUUUUGACUUAUUUUGCUGUUUACAAUACUCUUGCAAAGCAAUUGUCAUAUUAUAGCUGUCUGAUUACAUGAUUACAUAAUGUUAUUAUCCAUGUCUGUGCUAGUAAAAGUAUUUCUUAUCAGGGUGCAAGAGUAUUUGAAACUUCGGUUCCCGAAGCCAACCUACCCUUGAUUGUACAAACAAUUUGUUUAGCAUCUGUAGCUGAAAGUAGGAGCUAGUAGAAAACGAACUUAAAUAAUUUCUAAAGCGAAUUUUUUCUUCUUUUGAACGUUCUUCCCCACACCGAAAUCUCUCCGACGAUGUUCAUCCCUCAAUAUCUUAAUUUUCGCUCCUUGUCGUAUCGUAUUGCACUUUCCAAUCGUUGUCGUUUCGUUGUUGUGUCGUGUUUAUGUUUAUAAAACAUUAACGUACCAUCUUAUCCAAAUACGGCUAGACUGACACAAAAGUAUCUAGACUUCCUCAACUGUGCGGGGGCAAGCAGCUCAAGUUUGCCGCUUUCCGGCCGCACGCCGCAAUAUCGUCUCAAUAUCUAUAGGGAACCCAGCUCGUCGGCGCCCUCGUCUGCAGCAGCGGCGGCAGCAGCAACGAUGUUUUACUUGGAGAGUGCCAGCAGCGACACCGAGGAUGCGGAACUGAUGCAGGAUCUCAUAAGGCAAGAGGACGAGCGUGGCGAUCGAAAUCGCGAAAAGAAACUACGACACCGUAUGCGCCGUCUAACGCUCUCUUCGAGUAAAAUUUUUAGUCAGAAAUACGCUACACUUAUCCGACGGAUUGAACCAAAGAUACCGGAGAAUGCUACACAGUCGUUGAGCAGCAUCUUUGGCGGGGCCACUGCAGCCACCUCGAGUUUUAGGCGGCGACGCAAGUCUCGUUUCGCCGCAUCGACAUCCAAGUCCUCGAUUCCCCCUUUUAUAACAAGAUCCAUUAGUAGCGAUUCUAACGUCCGUCCUGGUCAUAUGCCCGUCAAGAGUUUCCUUACCGUGCCAGGGUUGAUGGAGUAUCAAGAGAACACCCGCUCGGCACCUGAUUUGCCAGGGGAUGAGUUUCAGGCUAGGACUCGACCUACAUCAAAUUACUCAACUGAAUCAGAAGACUCUCUGCAGUUGGAUCUGGAAAUAGGUCCACCUGAGAGCAAUGGGGAAGAUUCCCCGGAAGAGGAGGAGGAUCUACAAGAUAAUUGGAUUAAGCCAGGAGAGACUCGGAGCUGCGAGAACAGCCAGAAGGAUUUGGGUCCUAGCCACCACAAUCUGCUCGACGACCUCAAAGGCUUCUCACGUCGCCUGCAAAAGUUAAUGCAUCUGAGCCCCAAGUGUAGUAAGUUAGAGAACAGACCAAAGCAUCCGUUUGUGCCCUCGCUGGAACGCAAGCCGUAUUACAGCUCGCAACCGGAGCUGCCUAGCUGCUCCACUGAUUGGCUGGGAUCCAACCUCAGCGGAUCCUCGUCCAUGCUGCAAUUGAACUUUCUCCCCAGUUACGAGAAGACCAUGCAACGCAGUGCCUCGUUGAAUCAUCUAGUUGCCUCCGAUACUCCUAUUCCACCCAACACGUUGCUGCUGAAGGCGCCCGAGCUGCGCGUCUGCCCUUCUACACCCACUCCCACCCAGUCCAAUCUAGUCGUCUUCGAUUACAAUAACUCCCCUUGCCUCACCCAAUUAGAUCAAUCUGUAAAUAUCUCUAAUAGUACUAACCAUAGUAACCACAAUAAUGAAUCAUCAUUGCUUGCUCCAUUUGCCAUUCGACAACAACAACCACCACGCGUAAUUAGAUCCAGCACCGAGCUCCAACAGCAGCCCUGUUCCACAGGAGCAGCCGCAAGCACUGGACCGUCCAAUAUACCCACAACGGUGGAGGGUAGUAGUCCCAAUUUGAAACGCUUCGCCUCGCCGGUGAGCAACAGUCGUCUAAAGUUGACGCCCAGUCCCUCGAAAAGUGGCAUCUCGGCGACAACAAAUGCGGAUAGCGCAUCCACAUCUACAGCCUCGACGGCCACGACAAUGGUGCCGGCCACCGUCGGCGAGAUCUGCCGCAGAUCCUCCGACUCCGACCUUAGUGUCACGCCCAAAGGAAACUCCAUAUGUGUGGCCAGUGAGCGUCUGGUGGCCGCCACGGCAAUGAUGCGUUUAACGCAGCCGACGGUGGGAGUCAAACCCGGAACUGCGGCCGACAGUCUGGAUAUGUUGGAGUAUCCCUUCCUGACAAUGACAAAAUACCCGACGGGCUUCAUUCUUCAUUUGGGCGCAACGGUCGCGGCACGUUCCGUAAAACUGCUGGAGCGCGUGCCCAAUCCGGAUGAGCCGGAAGUACGAGACAGCUGGUGGACGGAGCUACGAAUGGAGAUCCGAUCGCAUGCCCGGUCCCUGGGCUGUAAUGUAGUGCUAGGUUAUGCCGAGACCACAACCAUAUCUGACGAUGUCUGCGUUUUAUCUGCCACUGGAACGGCGGCUGUGAUUAACAUGGUGUUUAAUCGAUCUGUAUCGCAAACCGAUAUCUUUACCAUGUCAAAAGCAACCGCCAGCGUUGCGGCCAUGACGAAUUCCGUGGAGGACGGAAAUGGAAGCACCGCCGGGGAUACGAGCAUUGGCAAGGACAGCGGUUCCCUGGGUACCGGUAACAGUUCGGGAGGUAAACGCUAUGGACUUCCCCCACUCAAUGGACCCCGGAAUGCCUGUGCCAUCUGCCACAUACCCUACAACCUUAGCUCGGUGCCUUUCAAUGUGAAGAUGAAGAAGUGCGCGGUUUGCCGCAAGGGAAGAGUUCCGGAUGUACUGCUCGCUACACUGGAAGUGCCUGAGUUUAUGCAGGUUACAGGAAGAGGUUGCUUCAUGCAGGCCCAAGUGGUGCGUGCCAAAAGAGAUCUGCGUGCGGAGCUGAACGCCAAAGAGAUAUCGGAUGGUCUGCCCUUCCUGGAGUACGAACUGCAUCGAGUGCUGAUUAACAAGCUGAAGGCCAAGGGCAUGAAUGCUAUUUUUGGACUACGCACGCAGGUUGCCAUCGGCGAGCGUAUGAUAGCGUUGAUAGCCACGGGAACGGCUCUAUUUCUCACAGCUUUACCGGUGCCGCAGGUACCGAAGAUCGUGGCAGGCAACUCUUGGACCGACAAGCAAAAGCUAAAUGAGUUGCAGAAGAAAUUGCAAGAAACGUUUGAACGUAACCAGGAGAUAUACCAGCUGAAAAGCUUGGAUCCGGAUUUGGUAGCCAAUGUCGGUGGAGUACCUUCCACAGGCGCCUCUGGCGAUAAACAAUCAGAUACAGACGACUCUGAUGAAGAGGAGAUGAACGAGAUCGAUCUGAACUGUGGCAACAAGGAGUUGUGUGUCCUGGAAGUGGACGAUAUCGAGGACUUGGAAAUCAUAUCGCUGUUAAUGGAGCCAUAUCCGCCGGAAGGCUUCCAUGUGGUUAAUACGCAACAGGUACCGGGAAUGCUGGAAAUGGAUACAGUCAAGAAUCUGCAAAUGUUUACCCAAGUGUGGCGCGCUCGACUCGAAGUGGGCCAGAGUGUAAACGGCUUCCCCAAACACUUUCAGAGACUGUUGCAGACCAUUUACUUCAAGCUACGCACUAUGAUACCCUGUGCUAUCUGCGAUCUUCGCUUCCGACUGGAUCUGCCAGAGACGGAUCAAAUUCAAUUGCUAGUCACUGGCAUGGCUAUGGGCCUAAGCGAUGCCAACAGAAUGAAGUACCGCGGACGUGGACGACCGGCUCAGCAACAGCAGCCGGCACCUCAACAGCAGAACGGAUUUCAUGAUGGCACGGUGCACGUCACUCAAUCUCAGCCAGAGUUACACGGAAAACGAAUGCUGCAAGAGGAGGAUUACAUAUUUCCGUUGGACGAGGAUCAGAUGGUGGACACACCCACGCCAACCAGCACCGCUAUUCCGCCAUUCGGAAUGAGCUCAUUUAAAAUGCGAAAAACUUCGCCAUCUCGUCUUAACAACCUUGGUUCGGGAUUGCCUUCAACCGGAAUUAAGCCGUUGAACGUUGGGUCGGUACCACGUAGCCGUUAUUUUCCUCUGCGAGAUCGUUAUGGCGUGGAUGUGACGCCACUGAGUUUCAUACCUGGUGGCCGUAUAGAUAAAUAUUUGGGCAACCUGAACUUUUUCUUUAUUCGGGAGAGCACCUCGAUCCGGGAAAUCGGUGGCAUCAGCGGAUUUGUCCAUGGCUUUAUUACCGAACUGCUGGCUGUAGUGAGGGCUCACAUCGCUUCGCUGGGCGGAAAUGCCAUGGUCUCUUUUUACAUCACCGAACUAAUGUUGUUCGAUAAUCAGCACAAAAAUCAGGGCCAGUGCCUGAUUAGCAUCGGUGGCGAUGCUGUCUAUGUGAGCUACCAUGCCGAUGACUGAUAUAAAAACUUACGGGGCAUAUAGCGCAUGUUUUACGCGAAUCGUCCCAAAAGCGUUUACUCUCUAUUUUCUUCCGCUUAGCUAGAACUAUCAGCUCUGCCCAGCAACUGGAGUUAAACUGAAGUUAAACUAAUUCACAUUUACUUAACAACUUUACAGCGUCUGUAGAUGGAUUCUUUAUGCAAUAUCUGAACUGUGAGGAAUCAUUCUAAUCCUAACUUAGUGCGAAUUUUUUCGGUCUUGUUACUUGUUUGCUUGAUGUUUUUAGCGUUAAAUCAAUUGCAAUUUCUGUACAUAGUUGAUGUUUAUUGAAUAUUGAAUUUAGAACGAGUGCGAGACACAAGUAUACUAUCGAUAUAUACAAUUGUUGCAACCACAAACAUGACACAUAUACUCGUACCCCUAGAUAUCCAAUUUUGGCGUGUAAAAUACAAUACAUACAAUAUUAUUGAAAUACAACAAUUGCUCAAUUAAA